UUUUGCAGUCCUUUGACUGUAGCAGGUGUCAAUUGCCAGUUUAAUGUACGUCAUAUUCAAAUUUCAAAUUGCUGUAGUCGUCGAUCAAAAUUGGUAAAGUUUGUUUUGUCUCUCUAUGGACGGGCACGGUUUUAAAAUUUCCCGUAACCCGUUGCUAUGAGAUAUGAAAUCAAUCACUAAGUUUUCAAUAAUAAAUUCGUUGUUGAAUUAAAAUGUGAAUAUCUAAGUUUUUAAAUAUGAUAAAUUCUCGUAAAACGAUUGUCACAUGCGUUUUAUUCUCUCUCCGUGUGGAAAAGUAGUCUUCUGGGAAGAAUCAGUUAUAUGUACGCAGCGGGAAUGACAAUUAUGGCAGUUUCUGUUGGGGAAAUUUGCGAGAACACAAAGCUUGCCCGCGAAAUGGCUUUGAUGGGAAACUACGAGUCGGCUCUCGUCUACUAUGAGGGUACAGUGCAAAUGAUCCACAGACUUCUCAUCACGAUUGCGGAUCCUACACGCAAGUCGAAGUGGCAACUGGUCCAACGUCAAAUGGCCCGUGAGUACGAGCAGCUGAAAGGGACUGUGGCCACUGUCCAGAUGUUCCAGCAUGAGGGAGAUAAACCCAUUACACCGCUCGGUGGAAAUCUAGAAGACUUACCGACCCGAGAUAUGAUCUGGGCACCCGCACCGCAUGAACUAGAUCCUGACAUCUGGCCACCACCGCCUGAUAGAGAUCCCAGCGCUUGGCCCUCACCUACCAGCGUUGAGCAUAAGGGUCCCCCGCCAUUGAAAUCAGCCCGCAACAACCCGCGAAAUAACCGGACAGCUGACGCCAAGAAGCCUGCACCUAAGACAGCAACCACCUCGCAAAGAAAGACCUCAGAUGUACGAAACCCCAAAAUUAAUACAAAGGCACAUAGCGCAAAAACAAAAGACACAAACAAAGAUCACAAUAAAGACAAGCAGGACAGAGACAACAAUAAUGGAGACAGAGACACAGAUGAGGAGAAACAUAAAGAGGAUGAGAGACGGUUUGAGCCCAACUCCUCAGCUGAUAACGACCUAGUCGAUAUGUUAGAAAGAGAUAUAGUACAAAAGAACCCAAACAUACGGUGGGACGACAUCGCAGAUCUUUCUGAAGCCAAGCGGCUGCUGGAAGAAGCUGUUGUCUUGCCUCUGUGGAUGCCGGACUUUUUCAAGGGAAUCCGUCGGCCGUGGAAAGGCGUUUUAAUGGUUGGACCCCCAGGCACAGGCAAGACGAUGCUUGCCAAAGCAGUUGCUACAGAAUGUGGAACUACCUUCUUCAACGUUUCUUCGUCUACCCUCACUUCUAAGUACCGAGGGGAGUCUGAGAAACUUGUUAGACUGCUGUUUGAAAUGGCCCGAUUCUACGCCCCAUCAACGAUAUUUGUAGAUGAGAUAGACUCUUUGUGUUCCCGGCGAGGUUCGGACAGCGAGCACGAGGCCUCGAGGCGAGUCAAGUCGGAGCUGCUCGUUCAGAUGGAUGGACUUACAGACGAACCUGGAAAGGUUGUAAUGGUAUUAGCAGCAACAAAUUUUCCCUGGGAUAUAGAUGAGGCACUCCGGCGUCGGCUUGAGAAGAGAAUAUACAUCCCUCUGCCAACGCAGGAAGGUCGGGAAGCAUUACUCCAAAUAAACCUUCGCGAGGUCAAACUAGAUCCAGAAUUGGAUUUGCUAUCGGUCGCCAAAAAGCUGGAUGGAUACUCCGGAGCAGACAUUACUAAUGUUUGCAGGGACGCGUCAAUGAUGUCCAUGAGACGAAGAAUCACUGGUUUGAAACCGGAGCAGAUAAAACAACUUGCCAAGGAGGAAUUGGAUUUGCCGGUCACCAAACAAGAUUUCCUCGAGGCAAUAUCGAAAUGCAACAAGUCCGUAUCGAAGGGUGACAUUCAGAAAUAUCUCACCUGGAUGGCGGAGUUUGGCUCCUCCUGAUUGACGUAGAUUUCGUCUAUGAACUGUUGUGUGACACUUGUCGGAAAAUAAAUGGCGCGCUGUCAAUUAUUUAGUUGUGAUUGAAUCAAUAGAAAUAAUGCAAUGUGUUACGAAUUUUAUAAUUAAAAAAGGGAACAUUUUGAACUAGGAUUCAUAAAAUUAAAUUGUAUUAUGAAUGAUAAUCGUAAUAUCAUUUGUUUAAUUUGAAACUAGAAAUAAAAUCAUAAUAAAAAUAGCCAGAAAGUGUUAUUGAAGAAAAACUAAUAUUUUUGUGGUUGAUGACAAAAUACUUUUAAAGAAAUCGACAUUUCUAAGAUAUUUAGAACAGAAAAUAGUGUUUAAUUUUCUAUAUUUGUCCAUUGUAAAUAUUACGAUACCGCGCCAUUUUGCAUCUAUUUCAUCAAGUGUCAAUCUCCCCUAAGUCAGACACGAUCAAAAGUUCAAGUAUUUAAAUUUUGCCUUAUAGUAUAAGUUGGGAAACAGACUUUCAGUAUUAAAUGAAUAUUAUUAUUAGGAAAUAUCACCACAUUGCAUUGUAAACAUUCCAAUUGGGAUUGAACUAUUUUCAUUCAAAAGGAGAAAAAGUGUCAAAAUUCAUGGCUUUGUAGUGUUUCUACUGUGGGUCACUGUGAAAGCAAGACUUUAUAUUAUAAUUUGUGAAUUUAAAAAUUAAUUAGACUUUCACGCAAUUACAAUUUACAAGAAAUUAAUAAUAAAAGCUUCCUAAACGGCUAAAAAAUAUAAAAAUUUAAUUUAAUAUAACAAUAUAUAAGCAAUGAUGGCCAUGAAUUUUUGAACCUACAUAUCUGUGUUUUAUAAUUAGACAAUCAUUGACAAUAUAAAUACUAAACUAGCUUGUCCGACCUAAAGUGUUAAAGAAAAUACUAUUUUUUAUAUCAUUGGCUUGUGGUUUUAAAUUCAACCCAUUUUAUAAUUUGAGGUUUGGGUACAAACUAGAUUUAGUAUACCAUCAGUGGGAUUUGUUAUUUUGUUACAUUCUUACAGUUUUGAAAAUGAAAUCUUUAGUCUUAGGUUUUUUUAUACAAGCACAAAAACAGUAUGCAAAGCUCUUAGUAAAAAUACAUAAUAUGUUAAUCGGUCAUCGAUAGUCCUUUUGUAAUUAUUAAUCGUGAUCUUUGUACUUAAUUUAGGUAUAUGAGAUUAGAAUAAUUUUAUGCCAUAACUAAUUUAUAUUAUUGUGUUUAUAGAUAUUUUUUAUAAUUUUUUCAAGUAUGUUUAUAUGAAAGAGAUAUUUCGCAUGAGUAAUGCUUGCUCAAUUUCAAUUUAAACUAAUUUUAUGUACAAUGAUUUAGGUAAAUUUUAAUUCAGGAAUAUUUUGUUGUAUGAUUCCCUCCUAAAAACCUUAGUAAUCCUAAUUACACCGAAUCGCAUUUAAUUAAAUUAAAAUUAGGGUAAAAAAAAUAAGGGAUAAUCAUUUUAACACCACUUAUUGGGAAAAGAGUAUUUUUGCAUCAAUUAUAAUUUCUGUAUUACAAAGACAAAAUAAACAUUUAAAAGGUU